AUCUCAACGUUAGCAUUUCGUAAAGUUACAGAAGAUAUAAAAUAUAAAAAUUAUGUGAUUCCGGCAGACACAGGUAUUGCACUCUUUGUAUAUGGAACACAACAUUCACCAAAGUUGUGGGAAAAUCCUGAAGAAUUUAUACCCGAGAGAUUUGAAAAUGAACAUUUUGCAAGUGGAAAUUAUUCUUGGGCAGCCUUUGGUGGUGGAUCCAGAAU